ACAACACAUCUAGUUUUUAUAAGUGCAUAUGGAGACUUGUCUGAAUUUUUUGUUAGAUCUUCAUUAGAUAUGGGAUUAUCUAGACAAGAAGUGAACUUAAGGAGGUUAUUAGCAAAAUGUGAAUUAAUGUGUAAAACGAAAAAGGAAGUUGAUAGAAUUGAAAAAUAUGUAGAAACGUUAGAAGAUAUGUUACAAGAAUUAAAAAAAAUAACUGAAUCUAGCGAAAGUAUACAAGCUUACAAUAGAAGAAUUAAUUAUAUCAAAACAGCCUUAGGGAUAACUAAAAAUAAAUAUGAGGAUGAAAACGAUCCAGAAAGUAUGAGAAAAGACUUAUUAGGUUUAAGACAACGUAUAGUUGAUAAGCCAGAAAUUAGUAAUUCUGGGGACUUUGAUAAGGUAAUAGAGCACAAUGAGAACAUACAAACAAAGAUAACGGAAGAUAUGCUGCAUUUAACCAUGACCUUAAAAGAACAAUCGGAAAUUGCUAACAGGAUUAUUAAAAAAGAUACUGAGGUGGUGUCAAAAUCAACAGAAAUAACAGAAAACAAUUUCGGUAAACUUUCUGUUGAAUCUUCCAAAUUAGCUGAACAUUCCAAAAGAGCCUGGAAAUGUUGGAUGUGGAUUAUGUUGGCUGCGGUUGUUAUAGUAUUCAUAAAUAUGGUUCUGUUUAUGAAGUUAAUGAAGAAAAGAUACUAAUCGGUGAAUGUAGUUAUUGGUUAUUAUUUAUAAAAUAUAUUUAAAAAAUUAUACAAUUUUUAGGUUAAAAAUUUUAUUACAUCCUGUAUACAAUCAUUUAAAACCCAAUGAUUAGAUAUUCCUAUAAAGUGUCAUUUUAAUAAGGUUAUGCCAAAUCCAUCACCAAUACCAGGAAGUUGUUGAGAGUUUAUUCUGCAGAGGGUUCCAGUGUAGUUAAAUUCGAAUCUAGGAUCAAACUUUUAAAAAAGUUGUUUUUAGUUUAACCGGAGCCAAUUAAACUAGUUCCUCAGUCAAAAGAGUGAAUCGAAGUAUCUAAACUAUAGUAGGAUCAGUAUCUUUGUGUAGUAUAAUAUAUGAGACAAUAACUCUGAUUCUUUCGUACUUUGCAACUUAAAGUUUGGUUGGAAAACUUUUUUGGUGAGCACAUAAACCCGGUAGACUGUAAUAAUAGUAAUCGAUUAGUGGCUACAAUAAUAUUUAGAAAAAAAAAGUGUGGCGGUGAAAACAGAUGUAAAGGUCUAUUAAGAAAUCCUAUCAAAUAAACAUUUUGGGAAUACUGAUUAUAUUGAAGUAAUUAGUUAUAUAAAGGAAA